GAAAAUUUGAAUUAACGGCGAAGGAAACAGAAAAGGUAAAAGUGGAAAAACACUCAGUUAAUCUUGAAUUAUGAGUAAAGGAGCUUUUUCUUUUCGUUUUCUCGUUUCGUUCCGUAUCUCUUCAAAGAAAAUGUUGUUUGUUGCAGGAGCUGAAUAUAUCAGUGUUUGUCGAUAUAAAAGCUAGCUUACUGUUUAAUACCAAUAAGGUUAACUUUCAUUUUACUUUAGAGCUUGCUGAUACCCUCAGAUAUAACGCUCUGUGUUUUUCAUCCUUAUGUUUUUUUGUAAAGUAUUAACUGUUGUUUUGUCUUCCCUUAUUAUUCAGUGGCGAUUAAAUAUAAGACUCGAUUGACAUAAAAACUCAAAAAAUGGCUGCUCAGACCUACAUUUCUAUCUCUGAGCUGCAUCCCAACUUCUCCCAUCCAGUAAGUUUGAAUUACUUUAUUUAAACAUAACAAUCUAUCUAUCUAUCUGAUGUGUUUAAUCCAAAUUGUUGUAUUAGAUGUAUUUUGGUGUGUUAAAGUUCAAGUAUAUGUUUUGAAUUGUUAAAAUAAAUAAGUUCUCACAAUUUUGUCAUUUCCCCUUGUGAUGUUGUUCAGAAACUGGCAGGCAUUGUCAUUGGGAAAAGUGACACCAAAAGUUUUCCUGACAGAAAAAGUGAGUAUUACAUCCUCAAGUGCACUUAUGCUCCUAUUAUGUUGAUACAAACUCUUCUAACUUUGUUGCACCUUAAUGUCUUGAACAUCAGCCCCCUCUUCUGGAGAAAAUAAAAUCAUAAACAUCUUUUCUCUGAGCAUUUCCCUCCCAAAAAACUGCCAAAGUAACUCUACCUGUGUGUCUGAAUUUCAGAUAUUGGUGAAGACAGAUACACGUUUAGCUUCACUGUUAGGGACUCGCCAGAUUUUUUCAUCAAUGUGACAGCCUGGGGACACGAUGCAUACAUCAUCGGGCUCUGCAACCUCUUCAACAUUGGAGACUGUGGUGAGUGAAAUUGGGGGUGAUUUUUUGGAUCUGGCUGAAAUCGUGGUUAGAUUUCUAAAAAGUAUAUACAAAGCUUCCAGAACCAUCAGAUGGUAAGUCCAAAUUCUUUUCAGCUCUCUAUCAUAGUCAAAUCACUAUUUUGUAAUGGAUGACUUAAAUUCAGUUUAAAAAUCUAAAAAAGUUACAUAAGCAAUCUUCAGUGAAAAUUAACUAUGAAGUAACAUUUUUGCCAAAUUUAUAUGCUUUUAAUAUGACACAAAAAGCCAACGUUAAUCCACAUCCACAAAGUUGUUGCUUCUCUUUCUUCAGUUGUCAUUGAAAAUCCUUUAGUUUCCAACAAAGACCCAGAGAAAGGGGAUCGAUUCUGUCCGACAACACCAAGGUAAACUUCUAAAGCAGAGAUUUUCAGAUUUUACCCUGCUGUGUGUUAAGAAACCUUCGGAAGAGUGAGGGAAAUGAUUUUUAAUUUAAAAAAACCGAUGUGGCAGUAUGUCAUGUACAACAAUGGGUUACUGUACUUGUUGUCUUAGCCUCUACAGGCUGCUGGUAUCAGAGGUUCACUCUCAGGUGCGUCUGUGUGCGGACAUGGACAUGAUCAACACACUACUGCCUCUGAUCCACCUCCCCGUAAAGGAGUCCGGAGAUUUCUACUCUCUGGGAGACAUUGUGGCCAACGGGCAGAAGCUAGACGGCACAGUUAUAAACAUACUGGCUGCCGUGAAGUCGGUAAGGCUCCCUCAGGCCACAGGCUUUGUGCAGAAUUCACCCUUAAAUGCACAAACACAGUCUGAGCUUUAAUUUUCAGAAGUAAGAGUAAGAGAAAUAACUUGCUAAGUGUCCCUUUAUUUCUUGUUCCACUGAGUAUUUCCAGUGGAGAAAGUGCUUCGAUCCAAACUUUCUUUUUGUAAAUUUUGGUGCCUCUUGUUGCCAAAGAUUUUUAGCUUGUCUCCUCUCUGAUCUUACUCUUGUAUCACAAAUUGUCCUUAUAAUGCUGUCAACUGUUUGGUCUGAUUUAUACGCUCUCGAAGCAGAGGUCAGGGAUUAAAUGUUACAAAUAUACACAAAUUUAUACAAAUUGUUUGUCCUGUUGCUGAUGACCUAGUUUGCAUGUGUGGGUUACAAAGAAGCACACUAAGAAAAUAUUACUUAACAUUUUUAACAUUACACAAGAAAUUCAGUCAUAUCAGUCAAUUCCUUAUUCAUUGUUAUCAGUCCUUGCGUGUUGACCACAAUGUGUCUGUUUGGUUUGUGUGUUCACAUGGUGGUAUGGAGCCUUCCUACAAACCCAACAUUUCUUAAAACUCAGAGUUCACAGAGAGGAUAGAGUGUGCGCUUCAAGUCCUCAUAUUUCUCUCAGGAAGGGCCGAUAAUUUGAUUGGAACUUUAUAUGAUUAUGUUUACGUUUUUCAGAUUGGAGAGCUGAAGCAGUUCACCACUUCAGACGGACGCAAAGGGCAGAGGCUGGAAGGGAAGCUCUUUGAUGACUCGGUCUCUUCCUUCCCUCUCGUCUGGUGUGUCACACGCCUUUCUAAUUUGGAAAAUGAAUAAAGAUUUAUUAUUUUUGUUGCUUCUGUGCCUGAUUCCAACUCGUUGACCCUUGGAUCGCUGCUGUGUAUCUUUAGGUUACCGCAAAAUCUCUCUCUCUCUGGUGACACGAAGCUUUAAAUUAACCUGCUGAACUCCAUGUGCGCUUGAUUUUCACCACACUCUCUCUCUUUCUGACCUCUGCUUCCCUCACAGUUGGGACAGAGAAGCCAUUCAGCUUGUUCAGACGCUGAUACCGAGAGAGACGGGUGGGUUAACAGCUGCGGCUCGUUCUCAGCCACAAAAUGAAUCUUUAUUUAACUGUUAUUUCAGCCUGUCGUGUUGCAUUAGCACGCUGUACUGAGGAGGAACAUGGAGGUGGAUAUCUGAGAUGAAACCCUGUGUUUAUGUUUGAGAUUACUUUCUGUUGUUUUUACUUUUAUUCUUCUUUCAAAGUGCUCUUCAUAGCAGAUGCGAGGAUUAGCUUUGACAGCUUCCGUAACUGCAUGACAGCAACAGUUAACUCGAAAACCAUUAUUACUGUCAAUCCUGGUAAGACAUCACAGCACUCCUCGUAAACACAUAAGAUCUGAUUACAACUUUCUGCUGUGAAAAAGCAUUGUUGAAAACUCUUUUUGGAAAUCAGCAGACCAACUAGGAUGAUAAGUUAAAAAAAAACAACAUGAAGAAAAAUAGAAUAAUGUCUGUUUUUGUUUUUGUCUGAAUCAAUCUCAAUUUGCUUUCAGACACCAGAGAGGCCAGUCUGCUUUUCAGCUACGCCAAAGAAGUGUCUGAGUCCGGUGCUCUGGAUCAAGAGGAGAAACCCGAGGAUGUGCCCGGUAUGUUACAGUGAAUACUUUGAAAGGGUCUUUGGAAAUUUGUUAUUUCCCUCUGUCUAACAACACAGGAAAAAACCAAAACAAACCGUCAGAUUGACCUAUCGGAUUCUCAUCAUCAAAAUCUAAUCAAAAUACCAGACUACAGAGAGUGGGAAAAAAUACUGGAGUCAGAGAAGGACACGAAACAACUCCUGAGAAGGUUUAAGAUGGAUGAAGUAAAGGCUUUUUCUAUUCAAGCAAUUAAAGACAGCAGACAAAUCUAAAUAAACAGUCAGUCAACUCCACAGCAGCCUGAAAAACAUCCUAUAUUGGAUUUUAGAUCUUUAUUUAAUAAGUAACUGGUGCUCUCUAUAGGCGCUUUGACUGGAGGAUCAAAUCACGUCACACUGCAUAAACCAAAUAAGACAGUUUUGUUUUUUUGUUUUUUUCAUGUUCUAUGAAAGAGACACCGCUCUCACCAGUAGCCCCCCCAAGAAAAUGCAGAGUCAGCAAAAUAAAUCCUGCUUUAUCUUGUUUUAACCCCUUACCCCCUCCUGCUAACUGUGCACAUAAUCCUCGAGUCAUUUCUCGGUCAAACCCCCACACACACACACUCACACCCACUGCAUGUUUUUUAUCCUUAAAGCCUGCAUAUGAAUUUCCUUUCUGGGAUAGAUAAAGUUUUUCUUAUUCUUAUUCAUUUAACACACAAAACAUUUGCAUGUAUUAUAAUAUCUUAUGAUAAAUUACCAUGGUUUUGAAAACCGCAUGUGCAAUUCAUUGAAUAUAACAGCCAGAGGGUUUUUUUUUAGACACCACAUGCUCUUAAUAACAAGUUCAGUAUAUACCUUGACCUCAUAUGCCCUGUUCUCUGUUUGGGGCUUUCCCCUGGUUUGCCCUAAACUCAUCAGUGUUCGCUUCAUUAAUAUAAUUGUUUAAACUGUAUCCUGUUUUAAAUCAACAUUUAUAGGACACAUGAGAAAGCUUGUCAUCAGUUUGCAGUUGAAUUCUCAUGGUCCAGUGGUUGCGGGUGCUUGAUCAGGUGAUUACAUGCUGCAGUAUCCUGGUUUCUACUAGAAUAGUCCAGGCACCAGAUGCAGAAUUUCUCAAACCAGGACUAAUCCAGGAUUUUGUGCUGAAAUGUGCAAUACAUUUUUCUUAUUGUGAGAAGAAGAAUUGUGGUGUAAUGUGGCUAAGGCAAGAUAUUGAGUCAGUCACAUGUAGUUGUGCUGCAAAUGAGGCUGCAGCAGAAGGCAUCUAGGAGGGAGAAUCUAUGAGUAUUUUUCUUUCAGAGCCAGCAUGCAUGUUCUUCUUUUUCUCUGUAGGUGGAUCACUUCAGAUCAAAAAGCAAAAAAAAAGACAUGUAAACAAGUAAAUCCCGCCAUAUCACUUUAUUUUACUUUUCUACAAGUGUGUCUCGUGUCCUGUGCCUUUUCAGAAAAAAAAGGACGUCAGACAUGAACAUGUAGUGCUGUUUUUGUCUCUCCAGUGGACUCCAUCACUGACGUGUACACAGUGAGCCAGCUGAAGGAGAAAGCCCAGGAGACUCAAGAGGCUUUCUUUGGCGUCACUUACAGCUUCAUCUCUAAGCUCGAUCUGGACUCCUCUGUUUCAAAAGUCAUCAGGACUCGCUGGUGAGUUUUCACAAGAUCAGAUGCUUUAUUAAUUCAAGAUAAAAAUCAAACACUCAUUUUCAGUUCUGCUGUUCACAGUGAAUUUAUGCAACUACAGAAUCCCUGAUCAGUGUCCUCUCAUCGUCCCAGCUCCAGGUGCAAGUUUCAAGUGACUGAGGAUGCACAGAGCUGCACCAACCAGCUGUGUCCAGGGAGGGAUCAGGUCUUUUCAGCCUCCACAGGCUUUGACCUCCUGGUGGACUUCACUGACCACACCGGCACCCUGCAGAUCUGCUCCCUAAGGAGCCCUGUGGCAGAAAAAGUGCUUGGCUGCACGGUCAGAACCCCCUCAAUAAGAUUUCCCAUAAAACAUGCAUGCUUCAUGUUAGACAAACAGCAUCUCCACUUCUUCUGCUGCAGACAGAGGAGUUCACCAGUUUGACUGACGAUCAGCGGACUGCAAUGAAGUGGAAAUUCCUAUUGGAGAGAUGCAAAAUACAUGUAAAGGUACAAAAACAUUUCAACUCCACGCUCUGGUGUAGCUCUUUAAGACCUUAAAUUGUUCAAGAUGUAUUAUUGUAUAUGUUGUAGAUACUCCCUUCGACUAGAGUGAAGACUGGGAUGAGGGGGAUGAUCUUGGCGUGCUCACUGGCUGACCCAGGAGAGGUCAAACAGCACAUGACCACCCUGCUGCAACCACUGUGAUUUGACAACACACACUAAAGCUGGAAACAACAAGUGAUGCUGUUGGCUGCUUUAUCUGUGAGGAGUUGGUUUCAAUGUUCAUUUAUACAUGCAAGCUUUGUGUUUUCUCUGCAUAAUUAUUUAUUUGUUUAUUUAUUUACUUAAAGCUAAUUUAUCAGAAUAUAAUAUAUAAUAUAAAUGUUCAUAUUAAAGGUACUGGUUGCUUAACUGCUGGAUGAAACUCAAUAAAGACAGUUCUUGGCUAAAAAUAAG